AUGGCAGUUAAUGGAACAGCAAAACCCGAGGCGCCCCAAUACCAGAUCGUCGCCGAAGCAUUUGGUCCCGAGCACGAAGUUCAAGAUGCCAUGUCAUUUGCUUUUCAGUACGGCUUCCCACUGUGGUCGUACGGGAAAUUGGUACAGGGAUAUCCGGAUGCCAAAACCAAUACAUUCUAUCACGCACGAACCCUUGCAACUUCCGAGUUCACAAGUGUGGUCCGACCAAACAAUGAUACCCUUUAUUCGAUAGUAUUUUUGGACUUGUCUGCCUUCGACUUAUCGGUCACAGUGCCUGAAUUCGGAAGCCGCUUCUGGCUAUUCUCUUUCUAUGAUAUGUACGGCAACAACUUCGCAAAUAUCGGGAGUGUUGGAGGCCAACAUGCUGGAAAUUACCUUCUGAGAUUUGCCAACGACAGUUUCGGCCUCCAAACCCAGGAAAUUGCGGGCGGAUACAAAGCCUAUCUUAAUUGUCCCACCGCCUAUGGCAUACUCUUGACCAGAAUUCUCAUUGCAAAUGACCCAGUCGAUAUUCAGACUGUUCAUCAGCUCCAAGAUGAAAAGGCAGUAUCCCCUGUGCCGCGAAACAUUGGCACAAUCGCGCCACCUUUGGACCUGAGCAUUUUCAAGAAGGUAGCUGGCGAUCCGUCGUCUCCAGCUUCUUUAGAAGAACAAGUAUUCCAACUCACGGCAGCUUUGGCCCCGUAUAACCAGCCAAUAGUUCUCGCAGACAGGAGCUGGGUGGCACAAAUGCUGGAGAAAGCCGGCAUACGAUUCGGAAAAUUCACUCAGCCACCCAACACUUCUUUGGCCACCGUGAAAUCAUCGGCGACGGUAUCAGCAAUGGCCCUACGAACGACAGCCGGGCUCUUGCAUCCCUUGGGAAAUGGCUGGGUCACAAGCUCUUCAUUGAUCAGUGGAAACUACAGAUCUUUCUACCAGGCACGGUACGACACAGCAGUCCGGGGAUAUCUUCGACUGUGUUCCGAUCAGGCUCUUUAUCCGGUCUAUUUCUCCCGUCCGGGUGUUCCAGAACUGGAGAUCGGCCCCAAGCAAGCAUGUCUGUUUACAUUUAUCAGCAAACCCAAACUGAAUCCCACCGGAUGGUGGAGUUUGUCACUUUACAACUGUCAACACUUCUUCGUGCAGAACAAACUGAACCGAUAUGCAUUGGGCGAUCGGAGCGAAUUGAAAUACCCGGACAACAUCUCACUGAAGGACAGGGACAAUGGCAAAUUCCAUAUCUUGAUUCAGCCGGAUGAUGUCGAACCGCCAGCUAGUUGGAAGGAUAAGUAA